UUUCCAAUGUUUCUCUCUGCUUUUCUGCAGCUGAUAACGGCUAGUAAAGUCCUAGAUCCAACAACUGGUCCACUGUUCUAGCUGCGAUGCAAGCAGAGAAGCAGCAGACAUGGAAACUCACAGUGCAAGCCAAAGCCAAGAAGAGCUUCAACUUCAAAUUCAAUUCCACCCAAAUCGUUCCCACUUGGAAGUUACAUCGAUUCUCUCUUCUGAUCAAGCUCCGCAAAUUUAUCCUCAGAAUGAAACUGAAUUCAGAAACCACAGCACCAUCAGUUUCUAGAAAUUCUAGAAAAAGAAAAGCAACCCUGAAAUCCAAGCUUCUCAGAAUUCUCAAGAAAGUUGGAAUUCCACGCAUCAAGAAUCGAGACCAUACAGACUAUAACCCCGAAUUCCAAUCGCCUCUACUUAGACUGAAACAACAGUUUUACAAGGAACCGUUAUUUGUUGCUACUUUGUGCAUUGGAAUUCUUGUGUUUCUAGCUCAGUUGAUCUUCAGCAUAGUUCAAAAGGGUUUCGGUGUUUAUAGUUUGGCUACCUUGCUCUUGUUCUUAUUUUCUGGGCUAUCCGGUAAAUACAGUGCGGGAAGAAUUCUCAAGUUGCUGGUGAUUCUAAUGGUUGCGGCGUCUGCCAGUUCAUCAGUGUUUGCCUUCGAUAACUAUACGAAGUUUUGCGGGAGAUAUGUCUCGGAUUACAUUGGGAAGGCUUCCAAGUAUGCUGCUCUUGUUUUCAUGAAUCGAUGA